AUGCCCUCGCUCGACACCGUCCUCCUUCCCAAAGUCUUCCCCUCAGAACUCCUCUCCCUAGGACAACUCCUGCGGAACCCGCUCAGUCCCAACGCCGACACCUACACGAAAGGCUGCACACUCGUCACCGACGACGACAAAGCCCACGUCGCCGCCGAAGCGCCAUACAGCACCAUCGUCUCACUAGACACGCGCGGCCGCUUCGACGUCGGGCUCACCAAGUACCUUGGCUCCCGAUUCCACGGCCGCACCACGACGCUCCUCUCCAUCGAAGCCGCAAAGCUCGAAUACCACGCGCUGAAGAACGCGACGGACGUUUUCAAGCGCGUGACGGCGGACGAGGACGCCCGCGCGUGGAUCAAGAAUAUGGUCGUGCACAAAACGCCCUGUUAUUUUGUUAUCGGUCUGCAGGUGCUGUGCGCUGCGGAUUUCAAGAGAGCGGUGCUGAAGGAGGGCGGGGCGGGCGCCUAUCUGACGUUGCCUCUGGAGACGACGGCGCAGAUUCCGCUGCAUUUGAAGGGGGAGGUGUCGGUGGAUCGGUUUGCGAAGUCGACGGGGAUGGUGAGUGGGGUUUUUGGAGUUCAGGUGCAGAGGUUGCGUGGUAAGAUUGAUCUGGCGGGAAAUCCUACUCUGGAGGGAGAUGCAAGCUGGCGUUGGUCUCAUCAGAGAGUUAAAGGUAGCCAGCUGGAAGAGGACAAAGUGCUGAAUAUCAAGUUGGAGGACGUUGGACUUGAUGAGCUUGUAGAACUGCUUAGACGGGACGACGAGGAUGAUGAUGAUGAUGACAACGAAUGA